GACACUGGGCAGACCUCAGAGCCUCCCCUUGAAGCUGCGUUCUGGAGACUGCCAGAUGCCUCCGACCCCUUCUUCUGGAGACGACUUCUGGACAUGGUGCCAGCUAAGUAUUUUGUCCUGACUUGGGCAGUGUUGCAAAGCCUGUUUUCACCCUGCAAGUCUCUGCGAUUCCACUUCGUGAAAGCCGGGGUCAAGGCAGAGAUCCAGUUUGAUUUUGUGGAAACACCUGACGAUGAAGGGAUGUCAUUCACCUGGUACAAAGCGAGAUCCAAUGAAGAAAUACCUCUUUUCAUUGAGAGUUGCGGAGAUGACAAGUCUGAAGGAAAAUUUGUUUGCAAACGCAGUAGAGAAAAGCUGGUUCUAGAAAUCUCCGAAACCCAAAUGGAAGAUUCUGGGCGAUACCUGUGUGGUUCGAGAGCUGAAGAUAUCCAUGCGGUCUCUGCACUGGUUGUUGGAGACAGCUACACCCCAAGCACCCAGGUGAUGGUUUUACACCCCGCUGCUCAAAGCCCGUCUUCCCAGAACAUGCAGAGCAACCAACUCGCUUGUGUGGUCCAUGGAGUCUCCAACUUGGUCGAGGUUUCCUGGGAGGUUUCCGGAGGAGUUCAGCAAAAGGGCCAGACGUUCCUUCUGAACGAGGACAGUAUCUCCUUGACCUUUGUCAGCCUCCUUCCGAUUCCCAAGGAUGUCCAAAGCAGAGGGGGAAAGAUGACGUGUGAAGUCAGGUUCAACUCCUCUGGCACCACCGUGAAGAAGAGCACCAUGUUCAAUGCCUCUUCCUCUGAAGACCACGAUGGCAAAUGUCCUCCUUACGUUAUGUCCCUGGCUGGCGUGGGAGGGCUGGCCUUGCUGCUGCUUCUCCUGAGUGUUCUUUGGCACCGAUUCUGUCCUUCUAAACCAAGAUUCUUCUCCAAGAUCUCUGAAAGUUCAGGCUCAGAUGUACCAGAGGACGGCCUUUUAUAUUCCCAGCUGGAUUUCCCAAGGAAAACUCAGGCCAGAAAGAAGAGUAAAUGAUCCCCAUCUUGAGUGGAAAAUUGGAAGAUUCAGAGGCUGAUGGUGGCAAUGGAGGAAGCGGUUGCUGGGCUGAGCCUGAUGUGAGAUCUGGAAAAAAUAUAUUUUGGCUUCAAGGCAGCUCCAGAUCUCACCUUCAAGUGGGAUGAAGGGCUGCUUGCCUUCUCCUUCCCUUUGCAAGGUUGGAAUGAAUGCAGCCGCCCUGAAAAUGAACACCAUGACAUUUGGACACACAUUUGUAGAGAUAUAUAAUGGCUUUAUAGACAUGGCUUUAGCGAAAUGCCUUUAUCAAGAUAAAAAAACAAAUAAAAAGGCAUGAACAUGAAA